GGGGAGCGGCCGAGGAGUCGUGGGGGCGCCGGGCGGGAGUACAGGACCCACUGGAGCCAGGAAGAAGUGCCUGGCGCACUGGGGACGCUUCUGACACCCGGCUGGCCAAGGGGCUGAGGGUGUCCCAGAACGGGGAGUAUAAGCGGGGCGCAGAGGGGUCGCAGGUGACUCCGGGGCGAGGCCGGGGGGGGGGGGUUCGAGGGGAGCCUGGCUGGAGGACAGAGGCUGCCCAGGAGCGCGGAGGAUGAGGGGCAGGGCAUGGGAGUCGUGGAGGUGACUUCGGUUCAGCGGGGCCCAGGCCUGGAAAUCUGCGAGGGUCCCUUGGAGACGAAGCCUCUGCUAGGCCCUGCUCCCGGCGGCAGAGUCCACCCACCACGCCCAAGAGAACCCAGGCGCACGUCGGCACUACUGUGCCCAAACCAUGCCGGGUUACUUUGUAUUUGGAGGAGCAAUUUGGUAAAAUCACAGAGGAGCUUCCAUGCUGUUUUUCUCCUGCCUGGCCUCGGAAAGGAAAAUGGUUCAGGCGGGGUUUCCUGUGGUUCCCGCUGCAGGACUCUGUCUCGGAGGAGAAGCAGAACGGUUUCUCUGUUCCAGGGGGCGGUGUGCAGCUCUCCACAGUAAAAACCACUCUGCCCCCAAAGCCGCUAGGGCCCAUAUAAUGCCAGCAUUCAAUGAGCAACCUUCGGAUGCAUCUCCAUCAGCCCUGGAAUGUGCUCGAAGACCCGAAUAUCUGACCAGGCGUUCGUGACGCUGGCCACCAACGACAUCUACUGCCAGGGUGCGCUGGUUCUGGGACAGUCACUGAGGAACCAGCGUGCGACCAGGAAGCUGGUGGUGCUUAUCACCCCGCAGGUGUCCAGCCUGCUCAGGGUUAUCCUCACGAAGGUGUUUGAUGAGGUAAUUGAGGUGAACCUGAUCGACAGUGCAGACUACAUCCACCUGGCCUUUCUGAAGAGGCCUGAGCUUGGGGUCACCCUCACCAAGCUUCACUGUUGGACCCUCACCCAUUAUAGCAAGUGUGUCUUCCUAGAUGCAGAUACUCUGGUGCUAUCCAAUAUCGAUGAGCUGUUUGAUAGGACAGAGUUUUCUGCAGCCCCCGAUCCCGGAUGGCCGGACUGCUUCAAUAGUGGCGUAUUUGUCUUCCAGCCGUCGCUGGAGACCCAUGGCCUCUUGCUGCAGCAUGCCACCGACCACGGCAGCUUUGAUGGGGCAGAUCAAGGCUUAUUGAAUAGCUUCUUCAGCAGCUGGUCAACGGCAGAUAUCCACAAGCACUUACCGUUCAUCUAUAACUUGAGCAGUAACAAUGCAUACACCUACAGCCCUGCUUUCAAACGAUUCGGUUCAAGUGUGAAGGUAGUCCACUUUUUGGGGCCCACAAAGCCAUGGAACUACAAGUACAACCCCCAGAUGGAGGGCUCCGGGUUGGCCAACCAGCACCAGGCGUCCUUCCUUAACCUCUGGUGGAAAAUCUACCAGCACAGCGUCCUGCCUCUUUACGGAAGCUUCCGGGAUGAGGAAGAACACGCAUCUCCAGGACACUCCGCUGGCAUCGGGGAGCCAUGUGCAAAGCCAGCGGUGGGGUCCAGCCACCCUUGGCCUGCUGAGGGCCCUUCAGAGCAGACCAUGGUCACAGACGACACCCCACCCUCACCCAAGGGAUGCCAUUCGGAAGAUACAAUAGGGUGGCCUGAACUUGAGACAUCCGCUGGAGUGAGGUGUGACCCAUUGUCACCACCCUCCCCCCAAUGUACAGACUCCUCAGGGACCCAGACCACCUCGCAGCCCAUGGAUAAAGGAGAAGGUGACCCAUCUGUGGAAAUCUUGGAACCAAGCCAGGAGCCCCCUGUGGAUGUCACCGGGGACUCCAGUCCUCAGGAUGCUUUGGAGGUUGACCUGGCCAUGUCUGUUUAUGAAAUUUCCAUCGAAGAGAAGGUCAAGGAGCCGAGUCCCGAGGAAGAGAGGAGAAAAUGGGAGGAGGGACGCAUCGAUUACAUGGGGAAGGAUGCAUUCGCCCGCAUCCAGGAGAAGUUGGACCGGUUUCUGCAGUAACCCCAGGGGUCGCAUUGCGCCGUGUGUGGUUAGGCAAUAUUCUGCUGCAUGGUCCCGCGAACGCGGACAUCUGCAGGCCCUUCGAAGGGAACAGGUGUUCAACUAUGUGCCUCUGUUUAUGGCUGACCAACUUGGGUGCCUCACAAAAAUAAUGUAGACCAUAAAAAACCCAGCUUAAAGCCCUCUACCCCCCUGCCCUGCUUAUCCAAGCUACCCAUGCCUUCUUGGCUCCUCUGAGAUGUCAGUUCUUCUCAGCAAAUGGGAGCAAGGAUAAACUUCUGGUAGACCCUUGAUCAUGCUCUCUGGUCUUGCUCCAAGGAGCUCUGGGAUGCUGCCUUGGUCAGGUGCUACCAUCUCUAUCCCACGUAGGGUUAGACAUCACUGCAGAUUCUCUUCUGCCCCUAAGCUAAUGACAGCGGCAUAUGUAUACAGGACCUCAGGAAGCCUCGACGAUGGAAAGUCCUUCCCUUGAGGACUAGGUAGACGUUCAGACGUCUUGAGGGAGACUCUCACGUAGACUUCACGGAGCAUGUCUGAGCAACACCACAGGUGUUGCUUCUCUUCUGCAAAUCCUGGUGGGGCUGCCAAGUGCUGUUGGCGGAUGCCCGACUUGGGAAAUGCUGGAGGUAAUGUGGAAGGGAGAUUCUAGCUGGCUUGGGGGAUGGAACGUCUUCUUGGUUGGGGAGCACUGAGGGUUUACCCCGGGUGGUUCUGAUGACACCUCACUCACGCUGACAGGAUCUGGAGAGGCUCUUUGUGUAGAGGCAGAUCUGUCUGCAGUCCGUCACAACUGACUGUGCUCUGCUGGAUAUCACUACCUCAGUGCUAAAUAACGAGUCGAGCCACUGUGUUCUCCAGACCAUUUCAAUGCAGCUGUUUUGGGGAGAAAUCUCAGUUUUAUGAGACUGGAUGCUUUAUUCUAUGAGAAGUCCUCAUCUUCAGAAGUAUCCUCGUUUUGUGAAUUGACGCAGUAUGUUGGAACAGCUCUGACCGGGUCACUGCGUGUGGCCACCACCUAAAAAUGGGCACCACCGCGCUAAAGAGAGGGAAAUGUGAUUUCUUAAAAGUUAGGAUGGUUUGUUUAUCAUGCACGUACUGUGGAACAUCAGAGGGUUUCCUACAGACAGGUUUGGACCACGUGGUGGUGGCUAUGCUAUAACUUGGCGGGUGUGUUUGGCCAUGUUUUACAUCCUGUCAAGCAGGUGAGCCCUUGGGUGGAGGAGUGUGGGGAAGUGCAUGAUGUUAGUUGUGGUCUGAGCUUUUGCAAGACGUGAGUUACCGGGGGGUUGUUUCCUUUAUGUCUGGGUGGCUAAUGGUCCGCAGUCUUGGUUGGGCAUCGCACAUACGAAGCUUCUGGAGCUAAGUGAAGAUAGCCCUAUGGAUAUAGCCUUACAGGGAUUGAGUUGGGAUGGUAAUCAACCAUUAGAGUAACACUAUAAACUUGUUCUGGGGAAAGACCGUGGGUGCUGGGUGCCCUGGUGUUGGGUUAUGAAAAACAGGAGCCCGAGUCUGACAUACUUGAGAAGGAGGAGUCUGGUGAUGAAUAUUUGAGUCUGGUUCAGCUUCUGUGCGGAAGAGAACUCCUGUUUCUGGACAGUGGUUUAAUGGCUUAAGGUGUCUGUUCAACACAGACUUCUGUUACGCAUUCUGGUCUAUAUCUUUGAUUUGAAUGGAUGCUAAUGCACUUCAAUUAAAAAUUUAAAACAGCAA